GCCGUUGCCAACAAAAGUCAUAAGUUUGUUACCUACAAGUAAAAUAACACAACUCAAAAAUGAAUAACUUUUUAAUAUGUGUUUUUGCACUUUUAUGUGCUACAGCCUACGCUGGGACUCGCAUACCCUUGACUUCUGAAGAGAGGACCAUGCUAAAAUCCAAAUUGGAAGAGUGUCAAUCCGACCCAAACACCAAAAUCCCGAGGGAAAUUUCAGAAAAUCUUCAACAUGGAAAGUGGCCUGAAGACGAGCAACUAUUCGCAGGACUUUUGUGUUUUGCCAUAAAAACCGACAUGAUGUCUGAAAAUGGAGAUUUAAACAUACCCCACAUCAAAGAAGCAUGGGGUCGUCAUUAUCCAGAUGACAUUAAGAAUUUAGAAGCCUGUAUGGUUCAAAAAGAGAAUCCCAAAAGAACCGCUUAUCAUCUGUUAAAAUGUAAGCAAAAUGUGGUGGGAGUAAGCAAUGAUGCUCUUAAUGUUUUGAAUUCGCACUAAAAAUGCUACCCAAUUGGGUAGACUUAAGUCCAUGUGAAAAUUAAUUAAAAUGUAUUUUUUAAUUAAUACAUGUUAUAUUAAUAAUAAAUAUGUAGUUUUAUUUUGA